UCAAAGCUACCAAACGGUCCAUAUACCCAAAUCCCAAGCGCGUCAUUCCCAAAUUCCAUUUUCCGUUUUCCAGUCAGAAACACCACCGGCAACGGCUCAGCACCAUUUUUCUAGAUCCACUCCCACUCCACCUUCCCACCUUCCUUGCUGGAAGCCGCCAUGGAUGUGCGGACAGAACAAGCUGUCCGUCCGGCAAGAAGCUACUGGGGGAGAUGGAGCAAGCGCGACUUCUUCCCGGAACAGUCUUUCCAGAACUUCAGCUCCUACAGGGCUGCUCUCUCCCAGACCUCGUCCCGUCUGAAGGACCGCCUCCUCGACCGAUCCACCGACGCCAACGAGCUCGUCGAGCUGCGGAAGGAGAGCGAGAACAGCAUGAAGAAAUGCCUCACAUGGUGGGACUUAAUCUGGCUCGGUUUCGGCUCCGUCGUCGGUUCCGGCAUCUUCAGCCUCACUGGCCAGGAAGCACACGACGACGCAGGACCGGCCAUUGUGAUUUCUUACUUGGUUUCGGGUCUUUCCGCCUUGCUCUCGGUUUUCUGCUACACUGAGUUCGCCGUCGAGAUUCCCGUUGCUGGAGGUUCUUUCUCUUUUCUUAGAAUAGAAUUAGGUGAUUUUAUUGCGUUUAUCGCCGCUGGGAACAUUCUCCUGGAGGCAAUAGUAGGCGCGGCUGGACUGGGCCGGUCUUGGUCAUCGUACUUUGCAAGCAUGAUUAAGACAGAUCCAGAUUCUUUCAGAAUACAUGUGGGGUCAUUUGCAAAAGGGUUUAAUCUAUUAGAUCCUAUUGCUGUUUUAGUUCUUGUGAUUGCCAACAGCAUAGCAAUGGCAGGAACAGGGAUAACGUCUUCUUUGAACUGGAUUAGCUCUCUUUUUAGUGCCUCUGUGAUUGUGUUCAUCAUAGUUGUGGGGUUUGUUCAUGCCAAUAAAUCAAAUUUGGUCCCAUUUUUUCCAUAUGGGGCGGAGGGGGUUUUCAAAGCCGCGGCUGUUGUGUACUGGUCUUACACUGGUUUUGACAUGGUUGCAACCAUGGCCGAAGAGACAAAACAUCCUUCGAGGGAUAUUCCGGUGGGUUUAGUUGGGUCAAUGUCAGUGAUCACUGUGGUUUACUGCCUGAUGGCAUUGGCACUUGUCCUGAUGCAAAAGUAUACAGAGAUCGAUGUAAAUGCUGCAUAUUCAGUUGCAUUUGAGAAAAUUGGGAUGAAAUGGGCUAAGUAUUUGGUAAGCAUAUGCGCUCUCAAGGGCAUGACUACAAGCUUGCUGGUAGGAUCACUUGGGCAAGCCCGGUACACGACUCAGAUUGCCAGGGCACACAUGAUUCCUCCCUGGUUUGCUCUGGUUCACCCAAAAACAGGAACCCCCAUUAAUGCAACUCUUUUGGUGACCAUAAUGAGUUGUGUUCUAGCCUUUUUCUCUAGUUUGGAUGUCUUGUCCACUGUUCUGUCCUUCAGCACUCUCUUCAUCUUCAUGCUUAUGGCUGUUGCAUUGCUCGUGAGGCGAUACUAUGUGAAAGAUGUUACUCCCAAGUCUGAUUUCUUAAAAUUUUGUUUGUGUUUAUUUGUCAUUGUUAGUUCUUCGAUUGCACUUUCAGUGCUUUGGAGUUCCAAUAGGAGAGGAUGGAUUGGAUACAUGGUGGCAGGGUUGUUCUGGUUUUUCGGGACUGUUGGGAUGGCGUUGGUUCCAAAGCAUCAAAGUCCAAAGGUUUGGGGGGUUCCUCUAGUUCCAUGGUUGCCCUCCUUGUCAAUUGGUAUGAAUCUGUUUCUCAUUGGAUCCUUAGGUUAUGUGGCAUUCUUGAGAUUUUUCAUUUGUAGUGCAAUAAUGUUACUCUACUAUUUGUUUUGUGGCCUCCAUGCAACAUAUGACGUGGCUCAUCAGAAUAAACAACCGACAACUGAAGAGGGAAAACAAAAUAUUGCUCAAGGGGAGCUAUAAAUAAUGCAUGCAAUGUGUAUCGAAUUUGAUUACAAUAACAUUUAUAUUCCUGAUAUUUGUUGAUGCUAGGGAUGUUAUAUCAAUUCUGUAAAUGAGAAAUAUGUGGUUUCAAUGAAAUUGAAUCAUAUUUCUUUCAUUC